CGUUCCCCUUCCGACCUGUUGCUGGAACCUUUGUUUCUCUCUUCUUAGGCUGGUUAGGGCGGGGACGGAUUCGAAGAGAGCUACUGGGAACCGACCGAGUGCCGGGGCGGAGCGGUGCUUGCGAUGGCUGCCACUGUGAACUUGGAACUCGAUCCCAUUUUUCUGAAAGCACUAGGUUUCUUACACUCGAAGAGUAAAGAUUCCGCUGAAAAGCUGAAAACACUGCUCGAUGAGUCUCUGGCUCGGGGCAUCGACGCAAGUUACCGUCCGGCUCAAAAGGAUGUGGAACCGCCCAAAAUUUCAAGUACAAAAUCGCUUUCGAUUAAGCAAGAGCCCAAAACGUCAUCCAGCCUCCCUUCUGGCAGUAGCAAUGGCAAAGUCCUCACGGCUGAGAAGAUAAAGAAGGAAGCCGAGAAGAGACCUGCGGAUAAAAUGAAAGAUGCCACUGAAGGAAUUGAUGUUCCAAAGAAACCUAGAUUGGAGAAACCAGAGACACGAUCUUCUCCCAUCACUGUCCAGACCAGCAAGGACUUAACAAUGGCUGACCUCUCCAGCUUUGAAGAGACCAGUGCUGAUGACUUUGCCAUGGAGAUGGGAUUGGCCUGUGUCGUCUGUAGACAAAUGACAGUGGCAUCUGGAAACCAAUUGGUUGAAUGUCAAGAGUGUCACAACCUCUACCACCAAGACUGUCAUAAGCCCCAAGUGACAGACAAAGAGGUCAAUGACCCUCGCCUGGUGUGGUACUGUGCCCGAUGCACCAGACAAAUGAAGAGAAUGGCUCAGAAAACUCAGAAGCCACCACAGAAACCGGCACCCACUGUUGUUUCUGUGGCUCCAACUGUCAAGGAUCCAUUAGUUAAGAAGCCAGAAACCAAACUUAAACAAGAGACAACCUUCCUAGCAUUCAAGAGAACUGAAGUUAAGCCGUCCACAGUUAUUUCUGGAAAUUCUUCUAGUAACAACGUGUCCUCUUCAGUAACUAGUGGCCUAACUGGAUGGGCAGCUUUUGCGGCCAAAACUUCUUCAGCUGGUCCAUCAACAGCAAAAUUGAAUUCAACAGCGCAAAACAGUAGUGGAAAACCUGCUGCCUCAUCUGCUAGCCAGAAGCCUGUGGGUUUGACUGGUCUGGCAACGUCAUCCAAAGGUGGAAUAGGUUCCAAAAUAGGUUCUAGUAACAGCACUAGCCCCUCUGUCCCGUUGAAACCGCUUCCUCCUCUAACCUUAGGCAAGACUGGCCUGAGUCGCUCAGUUAGUUGUGACAACGUCAGCAAAGUGGGACUUCCUAGCCCUAGUAGUUUAGUUCCUGGAGGCAGCAGCCAAUUGAGUGGGAAUGGAAAUAGUGCCACAGCUGGGCCCACUGGAAGCACCACCAGCAAAACCACAUCAGAGACCAGCAGCAGCACCUCAGCGUCUCUUAAAGGUCCAACUUCCCAAGAAUCUCAGCUCAACGCAAUGAAACGAUUACAGAUGGUCAAGAAGAAAGCUGCCCAAAAGAAACUCAAGAAGUAAUAUGGGCAGAUAGGUUUUUAUAUCCUAUUACUAUAAAAAUUAAAAUCUUCACUGGGACAAAAGAUGUAACAUACUGUAACUUAAUAAAACUCUUGAUCAAAUCUCUAUUGUUUGUUACAUUAAAAUGCUAAUAUUAUUUAGCCAAACUUGGAUCUAUUUAUUUCAGUCUAUUUAGCAUUUUUAAUUUCCAUAGUGUGUGAAAACAGUGAUUAUAAUGACUGGUGACGAGAGCUUCAGAAAAUUGAUGGCACAUGCAAAUGUAAAGAAAUGGCUCACCUGGUACCUUAUGGGUGGCAGGGACCACUCAGGAGAAAAAGUCCCAGUGUUUUAUAGUAUCUGAAAUGUUCAAUGUCAGUCAUUGCCCUUGUGUCAGCUGAUCUCUCUCUCCAAUUUCUUCCUCUUUUAUCAAAAUUAAUUUUGAGAAGUGAUUUCCCGUAGCUCUCAAUCAUGUCUUUAGCUCUCAAUCACCCCUUAUCAGUUACCUAGGGAGUUAUUUCUUCCAGUAGAUUAUGAAUGCUCAUGUCCGCUUAAUACUUUCUCACGUUCCCCACUUCCCGUACCUGACCAGUAUGUGGAUAUGUGCACAUAUGUACAUUUAAUAAAUGCUGACUGGACUCAUCCUGGUUGCACAUUCUGAGAAUUAUUGAGAAGAGUAUCCAUUUCCAAGAGGUUUUGCAGAUGGGAAUUUAUGACUAGUUUAUACACCUUCCAGUGAAAGGACAGGCUGUUUUUAAUACUUCAAGAAUGUAAUAACAUUUUAAUGUGGCUUAAUUAUCUUUGUGUAAAAGAAGCUCCUACCUAAUUCUUGAGAUUUCUAUAAGAAAGUGUUCAUGUUUUGAAUAUUGUUAGGAUAUGGAUUGUCUCCUAAGGUUUCAUGUGUUAGAAGCAUGAUCCCCAGUACAGUUGGAGUUGGUGGUUGACAGGGGGAGCCUGUUGGGGGGUCAGAAUGCCCUUGGGAAGGAUUAAUUAGUUCUCAUGUGCCCACUGACUAAUUCGGGCAAGAGUGGGGUUAUAAAAGGCUAUCCCAGAGUUGACUCUUGGGUUACUGUCUUGCGGCAAAAUCUCUCCUCUGAACUGUUGCCAUGAUGCAAACCUAUAUGAGGUUGCAUCCAGAUCAUUGUCUUGUAAGCUAACGAAUUAGCCAUUAGUCUACAUAUAUAUCCCAACAGAGAACAGAAUGCUUUCCGUAUCUGACCAAUAAAUGUACUACAGCAAAAUGACAUCCUUUCUUUUUUACAAUCAAUGAAUACCUCAUUUUUUCCCAAAACUGAAUCUUGUGAUUUCCUAUAUUCGUUGAGUUGAAUUGUUUUAAAUCUAAUCUCAAUGUGUCUUUUUCCCUAGGUUUUCUAACAUCAUUAUCCUAAAAUAAAUUGAUAAUUGUUGUAAAGUUAAAAUUAAUUAACUUUUAAAUUAAGUGCGAUCUUUUUCUAUGGAAAUAUUUUAAACUGUAAAAUAGUGGCAUUAAAUUGUUCACAAUAAAUUAGAAGCCAAUAUUGAAAUAAAUUGAAAAUUUAGAGAUGGAAUAAAUAUCUAUUUAUAUACAUAAAAAAA